GAGAGGCUGAAUGUCUGGCUGAGUUGCUUGUUUAGAUGAUUUCCCCCCGUCUUGCAGUGCCACAGCUCAAUGCGUCUCCAAGUGCGCACGACCAGUCUGCAGCAGCGCGCCGCAUACCGCUCGCCAGGCAUCUGGCUGCUCCGCGUUUAUUCCUGGAGGCGCUGUUUUUCGCUCAAUCAUCCCCCAACAGGUGGAUAAGUCGAGUGGGAAAGAACAUCUGUGGGAAUACGGGCUGGGGAAAACUGGACGCGUUGCUGAAUCAAGUGUAAUCCACCGAGACAACUUGUCGCUUUCGUCUCUUGCGCGGUAAGCUGAAUGCGGAGUGCGCCGGUUUGCGUUUCACCCCCCCAAAAAAUAGGACCGAAUGGAAGUCGUGAUGAAAACUGACGGAAUCUGGAUGGACAGUUCAAGUCUCCAAAAAUGAGAUGGGAGAAUGCAGACUAGACUGAAAACCAAGAGAAAGGCGGACUGACAUCACAAGGCACCAACACAUGAACGGUCUUCAUGCAGAUCCACACUGCAGUUUUCACAUUUGGGUGUGACCUCCCUCAGCUUGGCAGCAGCUGUAGCAGUGUUUGCAGAGUGCCGGUAAGCUGAAGCCCAGGGAGAUGUCACAGCUGUACUACCGGCGGACUGACAGCUCCUCGUACCGGGACCGCAUCCCGCUGAGAGUUGUGCGGGCAGAGUCGGAGCUGUCACCUUUGGAGAAAGCCUACCUUGGAGCUGUGGAGAAGGGAGACUAUGCUAGUGUCAAACAGGCUCUAGAGGAGGCUGAGAUCUAUUUCAAGAUCAACAUCAACUGCAUCGACCCUCUCGGCCGCACGGCUCUGCUGAUUGCCAUUGAGAACGAGAACCUGGAAAUUAUCGAACUAUUGCUGAGCUUUAACGUCUACGUCGGCGAUGCCCUGCUGCACGCGAUCCGCAAGGAAGUGGUGGGAGCUGUGGAACUGCUGCUAAAUCACAAGAAGCCUAGUGGUGGCAUGCAGGUUCCUCCGAUCUUAUUGGACAAGCAGUUCUCUGACUUCACCCCUGACAUCACUCCCGUCAUUCUCGCUGCACACACCAACAACUAUGAAAUCAUCAAGCUUCUGGUGCAGAAAGGUGUGUCUAUGCCACAGCCUCAUGAGGUGCGCUGUAACUGUGUGGAGUGUGUGUCUAGUUCAGACGUGGACAGCCUGCGGCACUCUCGUUCCCGCCUCAACAUCUACAAAGCGCUGUCAAGUCCCUCGCUAAUUGCGCUCUCCAGCGAGGACCCCUUCCUCACUGCAUUCAGGCUCAGCUGGGAGCUGGAGGAGCUCAGCAAGGUGGAGAAUGAGUUCAAAUCAGAGUAUGAGGAGCUGUCUCAGCAGUGUAAACAGUUUGCCAAGGACCUCUUGGACCAGACAAGAAGCUCCAGAGAGCUGGAGAUGAUCCUCAACUACAGAGAUGACGUCAACUUAUUGGAGGAAGAGGGCAACACCGACCUGGCAAGACUCAAACUAGCUAUCAAAUACCACCAAAAAGAGUUUGUAGCUCAGCCAAACUGCCAGCAGCUUUUGGCGUCCCGGUGGUAUGACGAGUUCCCCGGCUGGAGACGACGCCACUGGGCCGGGAAGUUCUUCACCUGUGUCUUCAUCGGCCUCCUCUAUCCUGUGUUUGCUCUGUGGUACCUCAUCGCUCCUAAGAGUCGCCAAGGCCUCUUCAUCCGCAAGCCCUUCAUCAAGUUCAUCUGCCACACAGCAUCCUACCUGACCUUUCUGUUCCUGCUGCUCCUCGCCUCCCAGCACAUUGUCACCACAGAGCAGGACAGGCAGGACAGACAGGGCCCCGCACCGACCACUGUGGAGUGGAUGAUCCUGCCCUGGGUGCUGGGAUUCAUCUGGGCAGAGAUCAAACAAAUGUGGGAUGGUGGUUUCCAAGACUACGUCCACGACUGGUGGAACCUGAUGGACUUUGUCAUGAACUCUCUGUACCUGGCCACCAUCUCCCUAAAGAUCGUAGCCUACGCUAAGUACAGUGGUAGUAAACCGAGGAACCAGUGGGAGAUGUGGCACCCAACCCUAGUAGCUGAGGCAGUGUUUGCCAUUGCAAACAUUUUCAGUUCCCUGCGCCUCAUCUCGCUGUUCACAGCCAACUCUCACCUUGGGCCACUGCAGAUCUCUCUGGGCAGAAUGCUGCUGGACAUCCUGAAGUUCCUCUUCAUCUACUGUCUGGUCCUACUUGCAUUUGCUAAUGGGCUGAACCAGCUCUACUUUUACUAUGAGACCAAGGCUUCAGAUGAGAGGGGGAAAUGCAAAGGCAUCCGCUGUGUGGAGCAGAAUAACGCUUUCUCCACGUUAUUUGAGACACUGCAGUCUCUCUUCUGGUCAAUCUUUGGUCUGAUCAGCCUGUAUGUGACCAACGUGGAUGCUGACCAUCAGUUCACUGAGUUUGUCGGCGCCACCAUGUUCGGCACCUACAACAUCAUCUCACUGGUGGUGCUCCUGAACAUGCUCAUAGCCAUGAUGAACAACUCCUACCAGCACAUUGCUGAUCAUGCAGACAUCGAGUGGAAGUUUGCCAGGACAAAGCUGUGGAUGAGUUACUUUGAAGAAGGGGCCACUCUGCCAGCCCCGUUCAACAUCAUCCCCAGCCCCAAAUCAUUCUUGUACCUCAUCUGCUGGAUCAAGAGACAAGUGUGCAAGAGGUCCAGAGCCAAGCGCCCUGAAACCUUUGGAACUAUUGGAAGGCGAGCAGCAGAUAACCUGAGGGUAAACCAUCAGUAUCAGGAGGUGCUGAGGAACUUGGUGAAACGUUAUGUGGCCGCCAUGAUCAGAGAUGCUAAGACAGAGGAAGGCCUGACUGAAGAGAACUUCAAGGAACUGAAACAAGAUAUCUCCAGUUUUCGUUACGAGGUGAUGGGCAUGGUGAAGACAGGGAAGCCUGCUCUACAGGUGGCAAAGGCCAGUGGGAGCUCAGCGGAGUCCAGCCUUGCUUACCCCAACUCCUCGCUCAAGGUUUCUCCCUCGCCCCAGAGCGUGCAGGUGAAAAGCAAACUCAACCGUUUCAAGAUGAUCGCAUCCAUCCUCAAGCAGGGCAGUGGUACAGCUUCACCCAGGCCGCCUGAAGCCUCCAACGGUCUACCUAAUGGACUUGUGGUCUCUGAAGAGAGCUCCAGCAUAAGCCAGGGGAGAAAUUCCCCGAAAGAUAUCACUGACUUUGGCUUGUUCCAGAAACGCCACUGGAGUGGAAAUGAAGCCACAUUAGGUGCAGGAGAGAUUUCCAGAGACAUGUACUCUUUGUCAGAGGAGGCAGGGGAGUCCGUGGGCUCAGACGCAGAGCAGCAGGCAAGAGGUAAGGAUGCUAAAGAACUCCUGCAGACAGAAAAGAAGGAGGAAGCUGCAGAAAAUGAGGCCCCAAAUGAAAGCAACGAUGUAUUGAAGACCAACAAUAGCUCAGAUGAAGGUGGGGAAAAAGAAACGGAGAAAAGGGACAACGAGAGUUUAUCCUGCGGUGACUCAGUAGCUGGUGGAAGUUUGCCAGUGUCGUCCAGAGAAGAAGCAUAAGCUAUGACGGCACGUGGAUAUAACUAAAGGCCCAGUAAUGCUGGACUGAAGAAAGAGAGAGAGACAAUCAAUGUGAGUUUCAAGUGAGGUUGUUUUGCAAAGAGUCUUGACUUUUCCAGUUAUUACCAAACUAAUGAUCAGAUUUGAUCUUUGGAGACUCAGAGAGGCUUUUGGUGUAAGUGUUUUAAAUGCAGCUAUGUUAGAAGUGGAGAUGCAGCAAAGGUAAACUGAGCUCUGUGUGAGCAUAGCAAGGAUUUAGAUUUUAGGAUAAAGUCAUCUUAUCGCAUCCCUACUGGUUGGAAAGUAAUUAUUUCCUGAAACUGAUCAUUUUUAACAUCUCUCUCUCUCUCUCUCUCUCCCUGUCACUUACCUGACAUGUGCCCUUCUUUUCAAGUUCCUUCAUCAAUCUCUCUCUCUCUACCUCUUUUCCUUUCCCGUUUAUCUCUACACCGCUUAACUGCCCAUCCUUAUCUCACUAGAGCAAUAGAUGUGUUCUGUUUUAGACCCGACCCUCUGCCUUACUCUGUCUGUUUCUGCACUUUACACUGGCAUACGCUGUCUGAAAGAUGUGUCAAGCUCUGAUCAUGCAACAAUUCUCUCAAUGUUUUUCUAUGCAAAACCUGGGAUUGAGAUUUUCAUCAUUCUGAAGAGGACGGAGGUACAAAUAACAGUGACAGGUCAUGACAAGUAUUCUCGUAAAGUUGAACGUGGCCAAUGAAGAAUAAUGGGAGGUACACAAUAUGAACACAGCCUAUUUAAAGCAACAUAUUAUUGAUGUUUUGUCACUCCCACAGAAAAUGAACUUGUUAUUUUGAGAAAUGUGCUUGUUUUUAUUGUUUUAACUGGUACCUUUUAGAUGUCAUGUUAGUU